GAGGAGGCGGCGGCGGCUCGGCGAAGAACAUGAAUCAGCGGCGGCGGCGGCGGCAGAGGCAGGAGCGCGGUAGCCCAGGAACGGCCCCGGGCACCCCGCGCGGCUGACCCGCUCGGGUCCCGCCACGCCGCCCCCAUCCCCCUUCGCGCGCUCUCCACCCGGGCGAGCCCCAGCCCCUCCCUCUGCCCUCCCUCUCUUCCUCCUCCCCCUUCGUCCUCCCUUCUUCUGCCUCGCUCGCGGGCCGGGCCCGGCAUGGUGCGCCGCCGCCGCCGAUGGCGCUGAGGCGGAGCAUGGGGCAGCCGGGACUCCCGCCGCUGCCGCUGCUGCCACCGCCGCCGCCACUGCCGUGGCCGCUGCUGCUGCUGCUGCUGGCAGGUCUGGCCUCGCUGCUGCUCCCGGAGUCCACGGCCGUGGAUCUGAAGCUCUGGGGAGCCCCUGUGAAAAUGACAGUGUCUCAGGGGCUGCCAGUGAGACUCAACUGCACUGUGGAGGGAUUGGACAGCCCCGAUAUCCACUGGAUGAAGGAUGGUGCUGCGCUUGAGACCUUGGACGAGGUGUUCAUCCAGUUAAACGAUCGACACUGGGUCAGCUUCCUCAGCUUCAAGUCAGUGGAGCGCUCUGAUGCGGGUCACUACUGGUGCCAGGUGUAUGACCAGGGAGAGACGGAGAUGUCCCAGCAAGUGUGGCUCACGGUGGAAGGUGUGCCGUUUUUCACUGUGGAGCCAAAAGAUCUGGCAGUGCCACCCAAUGCCUCUUUCCAACUCUUUUGUGAGGCUGUGGGCCCCCCUGAACCCGUCACCAUUUUCUGGUGGAGAGAACAUACAAAGGUCGGGGGCCCUGUUCCCUCUCCCUCCAUUUUAAAUGUGACAGGGGUGACCCAGAGCACCGUAUUUUCCUGCGAAGCCCAAAACAUCAAAGGUCUGGCCUUUUCUCGGCCAGCCACUAUUUUCAUUCAAGCACUGCCCGCAGCCCCCUUCAACGUCACAGUGACGAAGCUCUCCAGCAGCAACGCCAGCGUGGCCUGGGUGCCGGGUGCCGACGGCCGAGCCCUCAUCCAGUCCUGCACAGUCCAGGUGACACAGGCUCCGGGUGACUGGGAGGUCCUGGCCGUUGUGGUUCCCGUGCCACCCUUUACCUGCUUGCUGCGGGACCUGGCUCCUGCUACCAACUACAGCCUCAGGGUGCGCUGUGCCAAUGCCCUGGGGCCCUCUCCCUAUGCAGACUGGGUGCCCUUUCGGACGAAGGGCCUAGCCCCAUCCAGCGCCCCCCAGAACCUCCAUGCCAUCCGCACGGACUCCGGCCUCAUCCUUGAGUGGGAAGAAGUGAUUCUCAAGGGCCCUUCGGAAGCUCCCUUGGGACCCUAUAAACUGUUUUGGGUUCAGGACAAUGGAACCCAGGAGGAGCUUACCGUGGAGGGGACCAGGGUCAAUUUGACAGGCUGGGAUCCCCAGAAGGACCUGAUUGCUCGCGUGUGCGCCUCCAAUGCAAUAGGCUAUGGACCCUGGAGUCGGCCACUGGUGGUCCCCUCUCGUGACCAUGCAGGCCGGCAGGGCCCUCCACAUAGCCGCACAUCGUGGGUGCCUGUGGUCCUGGGUGUGCUCACAGCCCUGGUGACGGCUGCCGCGCUGGCCCUUAUCCUGCUUCGGAAGAGGCGGAAGGAGACACGAUUCGGGCAAGCCUUUGACAGCGUUGUAGCCAGUGGCGAGCCAGCCAUUCAUUUCCGGGCAGCCAGGUCCUUCAAUCGAGAGAGGCCAGAGCGCAUUGAGGCCACAUUGGACAGCCUGGGCAUCAGCGAUGAGCUUAAGGACAGACUGGAGGAUGUGCUUAUCCCCGAGCAGCAGUUCACCCUGGGCCGCAUGCUGGGCAAAGGAGAGUUUGGUUCAGUGCGGGAGGCGCAGCUGAAGCAGGAAGACGGCUCCUUGGUGAAAGUGGCUGUGAAGAUGCUGAAAGCUGACAUCAUUGCCUCCAGUGACAUUGAAGAAUUCCUCAAGGAAGCAGCUUGCAUGAAGGAGUUUGACCAUCCACACGUGGCCAAGCUUGUCGGGGUGAGCCUUCGGAGCAGGGCCAAAGGACGCCUCCCCAUCCCCAUGGUCAUCCUGCCCUUCAUGAAGCAUGGGGACCUGCAUGCGUUCCUGCUUGCCUCCCGCAUUGGGGAGAAUCCCUUUAACCUGCCCCUCCAGACUCUGAUCCGGUUUAUGGUGGACAUCGCCUGUGGCAUGGAGUACCUGAGUUCCCGGAACUUCAUCCACCGAGACCUGGCCGCUCGGAAUUGCAUGCUGGCUGAGGACAUGACCGUGUGUGUGGCUGACUUUGGACUCUCCCGGAAGAUCUAUAGUGGGGACUACUAUCGCCAGGGCUGUGCCUCCAAGUUGCCUGUCAAGUGGCUGGCUUUGGAGAGUCUGGCUGACAACCUGUAUACCGUGCACAGUGAUGUGUGGGCCUUUGGGGUGACCAUGUGGGAGAUCAUGACUCGUGGGAAGACGCCUUAUGCUGGCAUUGAAAAUGCAGAGAUCUACAACUACCUCAUAGGCGGGAACCGCCUGCAGCAGCCUCCGGAGUGCACAGAGGACGUAUAUGAGCUCAUGUACCAGUGCUGGAGUGCCGACCCCAAGCAGCGCCCAAGUUUCACCUGCCUGCGGAUGGAGCUGGAGACCAUCCUGGGUCACCUGUCCGUGUUGUCUGCCAGCCAGGACCCCUUGUACAUCAAUCUGCAGAGAACCCAGGAGCCCGCUGAGGGCUGCAGCUUGGAGCUGCCCAGUGGGGAGGCCGAGGAGGGCAGUGGCCUGAGGGCUGCGGGGGGCGCCACCACCAGUGACUAUCGGUACAUCAUUAGCCCUGGAGGGCUGGACGAGCCUCCUGGGCAAGUGCAGCAGCAGCCUGAGAGUCCCAUUAAUGAAGCCCAGAGGCUCCUGCUGCUGCAGCAAGGGCUGCUGCCCCACAGUACCUGUUAGCCCACAAAGAGAGGGCAUCUGGGGCCAUCUGGCCGGCUGCUGUGCUGGCUGCCUGAGUCCCGUCUGACCCCAACCCAGGCAGCAGCGAGGUGUGGAGGCUCCUGUGGAAGUCCUCCUGAGCUAUGCUAGAAGCCUGGACUGACCACACUGUCCAAUCCCAGUUCUUCCUGCAACCACUCUGGGCCAACCAGCAGUUUAGGCUUUGGCCUGGUGUUUUGAACCCAGGUGGCUGGCAGUGGUGGAGGUGGUGGUGAUGUCUCCAUGGUUACUGUUUGUGUGGCAGACCAUGUGGGGAGGGUCAGGGCAGCCCUGUGGGCCCCUUCCCUCCCAGGUGAGCUGUCCCUGCUGAGGUGGUGUAUGACACUAGGCUGGGGGCCUGGCAUGCCCACACUUGAACUUUCAAUGGUCUGGUCAGGUCUGUCUCCCUGAGUUAAAAGAUGCCCUGUACUCUUCUGUGAGUGGAUGGGGAUUAGCACAGACAUGUCCCAAUCCCAUGGUGGGAGACGGAGGAUGCUCACAGGAC